UUUAUUUUCUCUCUCUUCUUUCUUUUAUUUAGCCAUAUAUCUAGGGUUCAUCCUCUGCUUCACUCCUCACUUCUCUCUCUCUAGAAUUUUUCUCUCUCUAGAAUUUUCUCUCUUAUCACUCUCGCAUUUUCUGCGUCAAUCGUUGGCGACAUUCUCUUUCAAAGAUGAGGGAAAUCCUUCACAUUCAAGGAGGACAAUGUGGAAACCAAAUUGGAUCUAAGUUCUGGGAAGUUGUUUGUGCCGAACAUGGUAUUGACCCAACCGGAAAAUACACCGGAACUUCUGAUCUUCAGCUCGAGAGGGUCAAUGUUUACUACAACGAGGCCUCUUGUGGUCGAUUCGUUCCUCGUGCAGUGCUCAUGGAUCUGGAGCCUGGUACCAUGGACAGUGUGAGGACUGGUCCUUAUGGUCAGAUCUUUCGCCCUGAUAACUUUGUGUUUGGUCAGUCUGGUGCUGGAAACAACUGGGCCAAGGGACACUACACCGAGGGUGCUGAGCUCAUUGAUUCAGUUCUUGACGUUGUGAGGAAGGAGGCUGAGAAUUGUGACUGCCUUCAAGGUUUCCAAGUUUGCCACUCUCUCGGAGGUGGAACUGGUUCUGGAAUGGGUACAUUGCUUAUUUCCAAGAUCAGGGAAGAGUACCCUGACCGAAUGAUGCUUACUUUCUCGGUGUUCCCAUCACCUAAGGUUUCUGAUACAGUGGUUGAGCCCUACAAUGCUACCCUUUCAGUUCAUCAGCUUGUUGAGAAUGCUGAUGAGUGUAUGGUACUCGAUAACGAGGCUCUUUAUGAUAUUUGCUUCAGGACUCUCAAGCUUACAACUCCUAGCUUUGGUGAUCUGAAUCAUUUGAUCUCUGCUACCAUGAGUGGUGUGACCUGCUGCCUGAGGUUCCCUGGUCAAUUGAACUCUGACCUCCGCAAACUUGCUGUGAAUCUCAUUCCCUUCCCUCGUCUUCACUUCUUCAUGGUUGGAUUUGCCCCACUCACCUCUCGUGGGUCUCAGCAAUACCGUGCAUUGACCGUCCCUGAGCUCACCCAGCAAAUGUGGGAUUCAAAGAACAUGAUGUGUGCCGCCGAUCCCCGUCAUGGCCGUUACCUCACUGCUUCAGCAAUGUUCAGGGGUAAGAUGAGCACCAAGGAAGUUGAUGAGCAGAUGAUCAACGUCCAAAACAAAAACUCUUCUUACUUUGUUGAAUGGAUCCCCAACAAUGUGAAGUCCAGUGUUUGUGACAUUCCUCCCAUUGGUCUCUCCAUGGCUUCUACUUUCAUUGGUAACUCCACUUCAAUCCAAGAGAUGUUUAGGCGUGUGAGCGAGCAGUUUACUGCUAUGUUCAGGAGAAAGGCUUUCUUGCAUUGGUACACUGGAGAGGGUAUGGAUGAGAUGGAAUUCACUGAGGCUGAGAGCAACAUGAAUGAUCUUGUGUCAGAAUACCAGCAGUACCAGGAUGCUACUGCUGAUGAGGAUCUCGAGUAUGACGAAGAGGAGGAAGAGGACUACCAGGUGUAGAGAGGAAUUUUGCGAGCUUCUCAGUGAUUUUUACAAUCCUGAGGUUUGUGGUUCUGGCAGAGCUUGACUUCAAUGCCGUUACCGCAAGUUGGAAAAAGCCCUGUUUUCCCCUUCCCUAUUAGUUAUAAUAUUAGCAGUUUAAUUAGUAGUUUGGAGAUAUACUCAAAUCUGCUAUUCUAUUGCCGAAGUUAUACUUGGAUUUAGAGCUGUUUGUUAGGCUCAGUGCAUUUUAAAUGGCAUGGAUAUAGUUGUGUGAUAAGUGAUGUGUAUUUUUAUCAUCGAUUAGGACAGUUGUUUUCUGGCCAUUGUAUCGGGAUUCAAAUUUGAGGCAGUCGUUUGUAGUUUAUGACCUAUUUUGCAGUAUUAUUGCUGUUAAGAAGAGUAUACAAGACUCAUGUAGCGUAUAUGGAGUAA